AAAAUUACUAAACAAUAAAAUGCAUGGUCGAACAAUGAUUAGCAUUUUUGUGACACUCUGUACAUUGCUUAUGUGUUCCGCCUCUGCAUCUACUGUCUCUUUCGCAAAUACUCCAGCAAAGAAGACUGACAGCGCUUCCGAUAUAUACGGAAAACAUAGGUUAAUCUCUUACGUUGUUGACUGGGAAAUUCCUGAGACUAUUAAGUGGGAUCAAAUGGAUCAUAUUGCAUAUGCUUUUGCCGAACCAAAUGAAAGCGGGGAACUUAAAUCUUAUACUGAUAGUAAUCUGGAAUCACUUGUUACCGAGGCUCAUAAGAACAAAGUCGGUGUCAGUAUCAGUGUUGGAGGAUGGAGCGGCUCGAAAUAUUUUAGUUUAUUAGUUUCCUCAGAUAGUAAAAUUAAAAUCCUCGUUAACAAUAUUAUGUCUAUGGUUGAAAAGUUUGAUCUUGAUGGCGUCAACCUUGAUUGGGAAUACCCUAAUGAUCCUAAUGGUGUUUCUUGUAACAUAAAGAACCCCAAAGAUACAGCGAACUACCUUGUUUUUGUUACUGCUUUACGUAAAGCCUUAGAUGACAAAUACACCAACGUCCAUAAAUUGCUUACUCUUGCUGUUGGAACUAACCCGUUCAACGAUGAAAAGCAGACUCCCAUUAAGUCUCUUGAAAGUGGCUGGGCCAAAGCUGUUGAUUCAUUCUAUCUUAUGACAUAUGAUAUUAGCGGAUCAUGGAUGAAGCAAGCUGGGCCUAAUGCUCCGUUAAAUAAAGCCGGGUCUGAAAAAUAUGACUCUAGUGUUGUUCAAUCAGUUCAAGCAUGGAAAAGCGCAGGUAUACCUAGCAAACAGCUGGUGGUCGGCAUACCAUUUUACGGAGCUUCUCUUAAAACUAGUCGAGCGAUUAACUCUGCUUCUGGUCUUUACGUCAAGCUGGCUAGUCCCAGUGCCAUUAAGGGUGAUCAAUAUGAUGAAUUGAGUGCCGAUGCCUGCUCUGGAGCCAAGAAAAGUUACUCGGGAUCAUUCCAAUGGAGAUCUAUUGUUUCUGCAGGUAUUUUGGAUAACAAAAACGGAUGGAAAAACUAUUGGGAUAAGGUGUCCACUACACCUUAUGCUUUCCUUGCUAAAGAAAAGAAGUUUCUUUCAUUUGAUGACCCCAAAUCUCUUAAAACUAAGGUUGAUUAUAUCAACCAGCAGAAUCUGGGUGGAGCUAUGAUUUGGUCACUUGAAAUGGAUGAUUCGAAGAACUCACUGUUAGCUUCUAUUCAGAAAGUUAGAAAGUAAAAAAAAAAAAACGUUGUGAAACGUUAGUUACAUGGCUGGUCCUAUACUAAUAAAAACUCACCUGUGUAUUACUA